UCUCCUUUGAUGACUACAGACUAUUUACGGACUUUGCAGUCACACGAAACGACAGUCGCUUUGUGCGAUUUUAGAUAGAUUGUAAUUACAUGUAGCGCGUUUAGAAAAAUAGCGUCUAGCUCUAGCUAGCUAGUAGACUCGCGACAAUUCUAUCGUGGUCUCUAGUUAGAAGGCUCAUAACUAGUACUGUGACUUACUAGUACUGUACCAUGCUACCUAUAGCUAGUUACUACUAGUGGGCUUACUACCACCUAGUACUGUACAAAUAGCGCACAGUAUUUUUAUACGGGACUUUCCUUUGUUCACGUCAGUAGCGGCUCGUCAUUUUUCUAUUUUCUGUUCUACUUUGGUAGGUAAAAUGCGUGACUGGGCCGGCGUUCGUGCGCCCCUUCACACAACCGACCAUCUGAGAGUUCCCAAUCGGAUUGCGUUCGUUCUUCUCGGUGUCGCAACCGUCCUCCUCGUCGUUCUUCUUCUUCCCGAAGGAAACCACAUCGGACGAACGCAUCGACACCUUAGACGGAUGUCGGCGACGACCUACAGUCAACUGAACACGACUUAUCCUCACUCCUCGCCGAUCUAUACGAAGAACGGCGAGAGGAGGCUGCGCAUUGCGGUCGUCGCCGACCUCGACAAGAAGUCGGCCGUUUCGAACGGCAAGAAGUCCGUUUCGACGUGGAAGAGUUACCUUCGACGCGGUUGGUUGAUUCUGAGUGAGGGCAACGAGAAUGCGAGAGUUGAGUGGGAUAAACGAGCAAUAACGCUGACGUCACGUGUGUCGGAGGGUGGACGAGGCAUGGAGUUGUCCGACCUUGUGUUCUAUAAUGGGAGAUUGCUGGCUGUUGAUGACAGGACGGGCGUUGUCUUUCAGUUUCCCGCGUUCGAUUGUCACUCGUGUACUGAGAUGAAGGCAGUGCCGUGGUCUAUACUGUCUGAUGGACCUGGAACGGUUACAAAGGGAUUCAAAGCUGAAUGGAUGACAGUGAAGGAGGGUCACUUGUUUGUAGGCGGACUGGGUAAACCGUGGACGACUCUAACGGGUGAGUAUGAAAACGAUCAUCCACAGUGGGUGAAGAAAAUCGGGCCAAAUGGAGGAGUAAAACACUUGAGUUGGGUAUCUCAAUAUGUAUCAAUGAUGUCAGCUGUUGGCAUUGAAGAUCCUGGAUAUAUAAUCCACGAGUCUGCUGCAUGGAGCGACAAACACAGAAGUUGGUAUUUUCUUCCUCGACGAGCUAGCUCCGAGAAGUACAAUGAUGUAGACGACGAGCAUCGGGCUACAAACCUACUCAUAAAGGCAGACGAAAAGUUUAAGACAAUCAAUACCCAGCGAAUAGGAAUUCUAAGUCCGACGGUUGGGUAUUCGGCAUUCAAGUUUGUUCCAGGUACAGACGAUGAUAUUAUAGUUGCCGUAAAGUCGGAAGAGGACCAAGGGACGAUAGCAUCAUAUAUAACAGUUUUUAAUCUCGAUGGGUACAUCUUGCUUGACCCAGUACAGUUUGAUGACGUGAAAUACGAAGGAAUUGAAUUCAUCUAAGCGGUUGCGCUUUUGCCUU